ACAAACGAAAGGUUUAAUCUUUCUCUCCCAUUUCCUCCGACUCUGUCUCUACCCACUUCCUCCUCAAUCCUCAUCCCACUACUCUCUCUCUCUCUCUCUCUCUCUCUCACUCACUAACAACAACUGAGUCAUCAACUCAUCACCAUGGGCGAGAAGAAGAACGAAGGAGACAACAAGAAAGGUGGAGAAAACAAUGACGGAGGCAACAAGAAGAAGAACGAAACGGCGUCCGUCACCGUCGUUUUGAAGGUUGACAUGCAUUGCGAAGGUUGCGCUUCCAGAAUCGUCAAAUGUGUUCGCUCUUUCCAAGGUGUUGAGACUGUGAAAUCGGAGUCGGCGACAGGGAAACUAACGGUGACCGGAGCUUUAGAUCCGGCUAAACUGAGGGAGAAACUUGAAGAGAAGACAAAGAAAAAAGUCGAUUUGGUUUCUCCUCAACCCAAAAAGGAGAAAGACAAAGACAACAAAAACAAAAACGACGAUGACAACAAAAACAAACCAGAGGAGAAGAAGAAAGCAGACAACAACAAUGAGAAAAAACCCAAAGAGACUCCGGUAACAACGGCGGUACUGAAGCUGAACUUCCAUUGUCAAGGUUGUAUUGGUAAAAUCCAAAAGACUGUCACCAAAACCAAAGGUGUCAAUGGUUUGACGAUGGAUAAAGAGAAGAACUUGGUAACAGUUAAAGGAACAAUGGAUGUGAAGAAGCUUGUUGAGAGUUUAAGUGAGAAGCUGAAACGUCCGGUGGAGAUUGUACCACCGAAGAAAGAUAAAGAGAAUGGUAACGAAGCUGGUGAAAAGAAGAAAGGAGGAGGUGGAGGUGGCGGAGACGACGGUGGUGGAAAAGAGAAGUCCGGUAAUAAAGGAGGCGGAGAAGGAGUGAAUAUGAUGGAGUAUAUGGCGGCUCAGCCUGCUUACGGGUACGGGUAUUAUCCAGGUGGGCCUUAUGGGUACCCGAUUCAAGCCCACGCGCCACAGAUUUUUAGCGAUGAGAAUCCUAACGCGUGUGUCGUUAUGUGAAGCGGCGGCGGCUUAUGAGAGAAGGAAGUUUGGUGGUAGAGAUUUGUAAAUAUGGUUUUAUAAUCUUUGGGGUAUUUUGGGAAUUCCAUUACGGUUUCAGUUUUUGAUUUUCUUGUUUCUUUUUUUUUUGGGUUUAUUAUCUAGCUGGGCAUUAUUUAAUUACUGAAGUUAAAAGAUGCAAAUAUAUCCUACAAAGUGAUUUUUAAUAAUUUUCUUUUGUCUA